GCCUGCUUCCUCCUUCCGCCGGGGCCGAUUUUACUUCUUAAAUUAACGGGGUGUUGUUUGUUCGACGUUCCUUGUGUAUGCGGUUUAGAAGGAUCUAGGGAUCUCCUCGUCUGCCUGCUGCGCCUCCGCCAGUGCUUCAUAGUCUACCCCCUGGGACAGGGCUUCGAUGUUAGGGUGGGAGAGGGUGUCCGCCACUACAUUGUCCUUUCCUGAGACAUGCCGGACAUCCAUCGUGUAUUCGGAGAUGUAGGACAGAUGUCGCUGCUGGCGGGAUGACCAGGGGUUGGAUGCUUUCGUGAACGCAAAGGAGAACUCCAAGAAGAAAGGAAAAUGCAUUCAUAUACUGUGCCAUCUUUUAUGACUUCGGCUUGUAGCCAAUAAACUUUUGGAUAAAUGAAAUUUCCUGUUGAGGUCAAAGCUUUGCUUUAAAUAUGGAUUUAAGUGCAACAAUAUCCAAAUCACUGAGCACAUCUUUGAUGCCAGGCCCAAGUAGCAAAACACAGAAGGAUAAGCGUAUUUCCACAAAACCAGACACCACAGUGCUCGCUGCUGUAGCUUUGCAAGAUCACAUUAUUAGGAAUCUGCAGCUCCAAAAUCAUUCAUUGUCUGAUACUUUUAAGACAAAAGAACGGAAUAAAAUGAAUUGUUACAGGCUUGUAAACCGAAACACUGUGAAGCCUGUCGUGGAUACAGGGAUAAAAAGAAAUGAAAAAAAGGAAAUAAAGGAAGAUGAGGAAAGAGAGUACGUUUUGGAUCCAAAACCUUCAGGCCUUACUUUAGCUCAGAAAAUGGGUCUGGUUGAAGCACCUAAUGCACCCUUGACAGCUAAUGAGUGGCAUCUAGUAAAGAAGAGAUCCAUGCAACAGGGAGAUUCAGCACAGCCUUGUGCUAUAUGCAGAGAAGAAUUUGGAUUACAACAACAAGUUUUGCUGUCUUGCUCACAUGUUUUUCAUCGGAUUUGUCUGCAAGCCUUUGAGAAGUUCUCUGGGAGAAGGAGUUGCCCCAUGUGUAGGAAGGAACAAUACCAGACCAGGGUAAUUCAUGAUGGAGCUCGCCUAUACAGAAUGAAAUGUGCUACAAGAAUUCAGAGUCAUUGGCGUGGAUAUAUUGUUCGCAAAUGGUACAAGCAACUGAGGCACACUGUGCCUCCAAAAGACAAGAAAUUACGAAAGCGAUUCUAUGAAGACAAGUUGCAUGAGAUUAAUGACAGGUUAGUGAGAUCGUGCAACAUAAAUAUCGAUGACCUGUUUUCUGAAAUUGACCACUCAGUGGCUACAAGCAGAAGGGUGUUGCAGCAGUUUGAGAGACAAUAUGUUCGGACCAUAUCUGAGGAAGAAUGGGUGCAAAUACAGAUUAAGGCAAUCCAGAGAGAAACAUUUGAUUGUCCAAUUUGUAUCACCCCAUUGGAUCACUUAAGCAACAUAUUGUACCAAGCUGAAGGACCUGGCAGAGGAGAGAAAAGUGGUUCACUUGUGCGUCAAACAGUGCUACUGUCUUGCUCACACACCUUUCAUUACGCUUGCCUGCAGGCCUUUGAGGACUUUUCAGAGGGAGAAAACCACAUUUGCCCAUUAUGUAGAUCAACCUAUGAAAAGAAGGUUUUGAGUAACAAGCUAUAAAUCUCUACUUUGUCCAAAAAAAGGGAAUUUUCAUCCCUGUUCAUUUGAGUUCUCAAUAAACAUAAUGUGUCAAAUCAUUUUUGAGAAGAUUCCUAUUCCUCGUGGAUCUCGCUUCUAAAACUAAACUUUAUAAAAAUAAUAGAAGAAUAAAUGCUUUGACAAUUUAGGGAAUAGAUCAUCUUUUAUCAUAAUGAAUUCCGCAUACUAUAUGCUUCAUGUCUUCAACAAUUUUUUCCAAUUGUUUCAUGGUCAGCUUGAAAUUCUUGAUUUUUGACUGCUUCCCAUAUUAAAUCUGUUUAUUCUACUCUGUAAUGGAACAUAAGCAUUCUACCCAUAAUAUGCUGCAUCACAGAUGAUUAACCACUAAAAGUUCACAAGCUGCCUGUUUACACUGAGACCACUAUUCUCAUUGGUUGGAAUAGUUGGUUGAAUGGGCAAAUUAUGGUCAGUUUGUCAAGAAGUUGCAUUUUUUUUAAACCACAGAACUCAUCUUUUGACAGCCAAGUCAGAUGGGUAUGUUUCUUGUGGAUGCUGCAGUUAUUUGCCACUGAGAUCCAAAUUUAAAAGAUAGACUAGUCACUGUGUCAAAUCAUUCCAACAUUGUGGAAACAUUCUCUUCUCCCUUUUCACUCCUCAACAAUUUAGAAUGUUGACCAUAUUUAAUGUGCUUUUUUUUAUCCAGAGAAUACAAAUAUUCAAUUUUAAUUGUUAUAUUAAAACCCUAAAUAUUAAAAAUGCAUAAUAUUUCAUUUCUCUGUCAAUAGUAAUGCCAGCAUCUUUAGCAAGACCUCAUAACUACAAUGAAUCAUUCUACUAUAAUCUUGGUGAAUUUAUAACCUUUAUGCUUCCCUUUACUGGACUGACCAAAACUACUGUGACUUGACUUUACAGAUGGAUGCCAAACCAUUAUCUAGAAAUGUGAACCCUUUAUUCCUGCAACUAUUCCCAAUUUAUCUAACAUAUAGUUUAGGGAUUAAUUUGAAAAUAACAAUCAUUCAGGGCACGUUUCUACAUUUUUAAACUCCCUGUCCAAGACAAAGUAGAAAUAUAUUUAUACCAUUGGUUCAAAUUUGGCCAAUGCUGGUUGACUGGCCUCUUUACUCCCAAAUGUUUUCUAAAAAACAGUUUCAUUACACUCCUCACAACAGUAGGGAAACAGUCAACAUCGACAUUGUAAAUAGACAUGUCAGCACAAUGCAUAACAGUAUAAUGCUUUAUAGCACCAGUGAUCAGAGAUCACCGGAUGUCAUUGAGACUACUUGAUACAAAAUGAUGCAUUUGACAGCAUAAUCUUACCAAAAGUUCUGCAUAGAAGUGCAAUUAAAAAGCUUUGUACAAUGAAUGAGAAGCUUCAUUCUUGUGAGAGUUGAACACUUGAUGGAAUUUGUUGAGCAGUAAAUAUUUUUCAACUCAGUGGAUAUGUAACAAUUCACUUCAGAUUUAAAAAAUUCCCCUUAAUUGACAUGGUCACUCUUCAGUCCAGGACCAAUACUGUAUCAGGUCCAACCCUACAUCAAUACAGUAUGACCUUAAAUUUCUUCUGUUGAAUAUCUGAGGAAACGUUUAUUGGGAUUCAGCUAAGAAUUUUAUUUUAUGCCGUAACAAAAUAAGGAAUCAUUCCAGCUGUUUCUCAAAUUGUUUCAGCCUUACAAUUUUUUUUUAAAAAAUCCUCAGCUAGUACAAACAUUCUAGGCAGAUAAUACACAAAGGCAAACUAUGGCAUAAAUGAAAGUAUUUUGUAAUCUGAUUCUCAAGCCAAACAGACUUUAAAUAAAAGGACAAGUUUUCUUCACAGCCUUGAAUGUAGUUA